GAACGUAAAAAUUACACACACUGUAAUUCUACAUAGUAGCGUGAAAAAUACAUGUGGUGUAAUUUGUAGAUAACUCCCUAUUGAAAUUGCAUAUAUUUGAAAAAGAGGCUACCAGUUAAAGGUUACAGGCCAUUUUGUUCUGCGGCCAUUGUUGAAUAUCGAAACAAAAUGGAUUUUAGCUUGUGUCUUUCGGAUCAUUCAGAGGGAGAGAAUGAAUGUGGCGAAGAUGCGCAAAAUAACGGUCCUCAGACAAGUGGAGCAAUUACUAAGGCUUGUACACAUUGUGGAGCUUCAAUGCCAAUCGCCGUCAAAGAAUGUUCCAGCUGCAAGUCUUUAAUACAAGCAAAGCCAAAGAAACAGCCACAGAAGAUAAAAUCUAAAAACACCUCAAGAUUGAGGGGUUACAUUAAAAAAUAUGCAGAUACUUUGCGAGAAAAUGUUGGCUCACAUGUAAUUGUUUUGUAUGCAUCAACGCACACGAGACUGUCAAAAAGUGGCACUGAGACCAAGGUGUACAACAUAAACACUUAUGCCACAGAAGGGUUUGCAAGGAGAUUUAUUGGUGAAGGAGGAAGAAGUGAUAGGCCAGAAGCUGGAAAAAAAGUCAUUAGCCUCCUGGAAGUGAUGCUAAAAAACGAGAGUGCCUCUGAACCACAACCUGACAUUUGUGUAACGAAUGAACACUCCGGACUUUUGGAAGAAGAUGCGGUGGAGCCAUCCUUCCAAAAGGUAGCAGGAGACGCAAAGAUGGAAGACGUGGUCCAACAGGAAGUCGAGUAUGAAGUCGAAAAUGAAUUCCGAGUUCAUGCGGAAGAUGAAGCCAGAAAUGAGGACGAAAAUCCUGCAAUAGGGCUUCAAAGGGAAUUUCAAUGGGUAGCUGAACGUAACCCUCCCUUGGCUCCAAGUACCCUGUAUACAAAGCCUCCUCUAAAAAGGAAACUUGAAAAAGAUGAAGCAGAUCGUCUUUGGAAAAAAUAUAAAGAAAGUCGUGCUUAUAUAUAUUGGCCGACCUUUUCCGGAAAUAGCAAGAAAGACAUGUGGGGAGGCAAGUUCUGGGAGUGCACAUUUGGCAAGGAAACGCAAAAAACAGUGGAAGUACUUUACAGUGGCAAUUAUGAAGAUGAUUCCGGUGCAAAAAAGUAUGAAGCUUUGGGACAGUGUAAUGUCAUUGUAUCGAAGCAUAGCCUGUUAAAGGACUGGACAAUCAAGUUGGCAUAG